UCUUUCUCUCCUUACGCUGAACAAUAUGCGAAUCCCCAUGGCCCCAAUGAUGGCAGGCCUACAGGCUCCCAGAUCGUCAAGGACUACGGGCUCGAAAACAAGUUCAGCGGUAAGGUCGUUCUAGUGACCGGCGCCACCUCAGGCAUUGGGCUAGAGACAGCGCGUGCCAUGCACGAGACAGGUGCAGAUGUUUACAUCGCUGCGCUUGAAGCUACAAAAGCUCACAAUUUGAUCGAAGACAUUAAGAAGUCAUCCAAGGGUACAGGCAAGAUUCAACUUCUUGACCUUGAUUUGGGUUCCUUGGAUUCUGUCAGCCACACGGUGCAGAAGUUCAAGAGUCUGUCCUCAACUCUCAACAUUCUCAUCACGAAUGCAGGCAUUAUGACCGCAGCUCCAGGCAGCAGGACCAAAGAAGGAUUCGACAUGCGAUUUGGCAUCAACCACUUGGGCCAUUAUGCUCUAACUGCCCAAUUACUGCCGCUUCUUAUUCGCUCCAGCACACCGGAAUUCAACUCAAGGGUUGUGGCCAUCACUUCAAGUGCACAUCGGUUCUCCUCGAUCCGGUGGGAUGAUUUGAAUUUGACCCAAACUGACGACGUCUGGACCGCAUACGGACAGUCUAAAACCGCAAACUUGUGGAUGGCAAAUUACAUUGACCGAAAGUACGGUCCACGAGGGGUCCAUGCUAGCGCAGUCAACCCCGGGAUGAUCUGGACUGGCAUUCUUGAUGACUUAGACCCUAUCACUAGCGAGCAAUGGAAGAACGACAAGAGUUUGAUGGAUGUCAUGCAGUCGCCUGCUCAAGGAUCGGCAACAACUGUGUGGGCUGCAGUUUCUCCCACGUGGGAAGGAAAGGGCGGGAAAUAUCUCCUCGCAUGCGGCGUUGGUGAAUCUUUGAAAGAUGAGAACUCCGUUGUGGACCCAGGGUAUGCUGCUCACGCUUACGAUGAGGAAGGGGAGAACCGAUUGUGGGAGCUCAGCGGUCAGCUGACUGGGAUUUUUGUCCAGGAGACUUAG